CGAACAAUCACCGGUAAAUGUAACAAUGUCAAGAAUCCGAUGCAGGGAGCUGCUGUAACUCCUGUUCGUCGACUUCUUGGAAAAGCUAGUUACGCGGAUGGUGGGCUAUUUCCAGCAAUUGAAUUAGAACGAUCUUUAGCAUCCCGAAAAUCUAGUUCCUUUCAGGGAGCAAAGCCGGCGUUUGACUACUCCAGAAAUCAUUUCUAUAUGCAAUUCGGGCAGUGGAUCGCUCACGACAUCAUCUUCAUGCCCUCAUCUGUCGGUCCACUUGGCAAAACGCUGGACUGUUCAUCGUGUAACUCACCGUCUUUGAGUGAAAACUGUGCUCCGAUUCCAGUACCUGAUGAUGAUCCCUACUUCAAAUCUACUAGUACUAGAAGAUGUCUUCGACUAACACGUGCCUUAAAUGCUCAAAAAGGGCUUGGAGUAAGGACACAAAUCAAUCAGAAUACUCAUUUCCUCGAUUUGUCGGCAGUUUAUGGCUCCGAAGAGUGUGAAGGAGCAUCAGUACGAUCGUUUGUUGAUGGCAAAUUGUCUACGUAUAGCAACAAUGGAGAUAUUUUACCACCUCAAAAGAAAAAUGACUCGAACUGUUUGUCGAAAGCACCCCAAUACUGCUUUACCACCGGCGACUUCCGAAAUUCGCUACACCCUGGACUGGUACCAUUGCACGGACUCUACAUUAAGGAACACAAUAGAAUCGCUGCUUUGUUCAAACGAAGCAAUCCAUCAUGGACUGACGAGCAAAUAUUCCAGGUAUCUCGUCGUGUGAACAUUGCCCAGUAUCAACACCAAGUCUACUCCGAGUACCUUCCUUUGGUAGUUGGCGAUAAACUCUAUAAUAAUUUCGGCUUGAAACCGCUGAAAUCUGGAUUCUUUACUGGUUACUCGUCCUCAGUGAACGCCGCUCUCUCGGCAGAAUUCGCCGCUGCUGCAUUCCGUUUUGGGCACGGCCUGGCUAGGAAAGACUUCCCAAGAGUCACCAACAGCAACAGAACAGCUGGCUCGACAGUCGAUCUUGGCAGUAACAUCUUCUAUGUGGACUCUCACUAUGCAGCGAAUCAAGGAGGACAGGAGCCUUGGUCAUAUCUUUGUCUGUUCAUGCUUUCAGGAAUGAUGCAUCAGCCAGGGAUGAAACCCGACAACGAAUUUUCGUUCCCUAUCAGAAAUCAGUUGUUCGAAAUUCGCGGUCAACCAGGAUCUGGAGUGGAUUUGGUGGCGGUCAACAUCAUGCGAGGGCGAGACAUCGGCCUAUUUCCCUACAACGAAUACAGAUCUCUGGUAGGGCUCAAGAAAGCGUCAUCCUUUGAUGACCUCAGAAACGAAAUGGACUCUUCAAAUGUAGAAGCCCUAAAACGAGUCUAUGCUGAUGUGAACGACAUUGAUCUCUACACUGGUAUCAUCCUGGAGAGACCAACACCAGGAGCAGCCAUUGGACCUACUGGGGGCUAUAUGAUUGCCGAGCAGUUCUCCGCCUUAAAGAAAGGUGAUCGGUUCUACUAUGAAAAUCAGGUGGCUUCGACGAGAGGACUCAAAACUGGUAUGAUGAUAGCAGCCGAUACCAAUAGCAUUGUCACUGAAAUCGCCUCGGUUUCCAGAAUGUCUGAGCGAGUUCCGUGCAGCUCUAUUCCUGAAAUCGACAUUCGUCCCUUCACAUCGUCACCUCCCCCGCCACCGCCACCAUCACCGAGAAGAAAUUAG